GAAACCUGGAGGAAGACCAUGGUGAGGGAGUUAAAGACUCUCUGUUUCUGGAGGGCUGUUCUCGCGGAGCUCUUUGGAACGACCAUGUUCGUUUUCAUCGGCAUCUCCGCUGCGAUCGGGAAUGGAAACAGCAGCUACCCGGACCAGGAAGUGAAAGUGGCCUUGGCUUUUGGGCUGGCCAUUGUUAUCCUGUCUCAGAGUUUGGGCCACAUUAGCGGAGCCCACCUGAACCCUGCUGUGACCCUGGGCAUGGUGGUCAGCUGCCAGGUCAGCGUUUGUAGGGCAGUGUGGUACAUGUUAGCCCAGAUACUUGGUGCGGUGCUAGCUAGCGGCAUCGUUCUGGGAGUGAGGCCAGCAGCUGUCGAGUCACUUGGAUUGAACAAGCUGAAUGGAGUCAGCCCAGGACAAGGCUUUGGAAUAGAGUUUCUCCUCACUCUCCAAAUGGUCCUGUGCGUCCUAGCAACUAUGGAUAAAAGGAGAACUGACAUCGUUGGUUCUGCACCGUUUGCAGUUGGACUCUCCGUGGGUCUGGGACAUCUUGCAGGUAUUAGCUACACCGGGUGUGGAAUCAACCCGGCCCGAUCUUUUGGUCCAGCUUUGGUCACUGUGGAGUUUGAAAAUCACUGGGUGUUCUGGGCUGGACCACUGUGUGGUGGUGUUGUGGCUGCGCUCCUCUACGACUUCCUGCUGUGUCCAAGGGGUUCUGACUUUGCUGGACGGCUGAAGGUCUGGUGUCAUGGUGUGGAAGGGCUGGAUGGAGAAACGGAACCACUGCUAGAGGGAGCUGGUGGAGAGCAAUCGGAGAAACAGUAAAAUGGUCACUUCAUAUCUCGAUUCAGUUGAUGUAUAUUGGCUCUAAAAUAAGUUGUCUUGUUGGUUCCU